AUGAGCGAGCGGGAUCUGCGCGCGCUGGACAUGCGGCACACACUACCCAAUCUGAAGAACCUGUUGCUCACGCUCACCAGCGGCGAGGCUGCUAUGCCACCUCGGCCGCUAGCAUCCCACCGCUCGUCCCUCUCGGGCUUAGAAUCGCCACGACCCAAGUCCCCUGAGCCAAUACACGCUGGUGGAGACUCUACCCCCACGGACGAUGCGUCGAAGACACCUACCGCCACGCCGUCGACGCCCGUACUCGAAUCUGCACCGUUGGCGUCGAUCGCGACACUCCCCAAGCCGUCCAUGUUCAGUGGCUUCGGCCUCAGCUUCUUUCGCGCGGCGACGCAGCCGAAGAAGGCGGAGGGCGGGGACGCAUCGAAGGACAGCGGCAGCGGGGAGGCGUCGAAGGGCAGCGGAGAGUCGGCCUCCGCUUCCGCCAAGAAGGAGGGAGAUUCUAGUACCGCCGAUGCCGCGGAGGAUGCUGAGGAAGGCGAGGAAGGGGAGGUGGAGGAUGACAGGCGAACGCUGCGAGGGAAUGAGAAGGGGGCGGAGGGUACGAUACAGCAGAAUGGGGAUGGGCAUGUUGUGGAUGUAUCUUCGAGUUGA